GCGCUGAUUACCCAGAACGCACGUGCGCGCGUCUCAGAGCGCGAGCGCCACUCUCGUGACUAUAUAUAUAUUUUUGAGUGAAAUGAUUGUUUUACACUUAUAUUUGAUUCGAUGUUUUAAUCUUAGGUAAAACCUGUGACUCUUUUGUGAGUAAUUCGCGCAGUUCCCGGUCGCGUUGUCUUGACUAAGCCCUGCCCUUCCCUCGGUGUGAAUCAGCGGACCGGCUUCCUGUGUGUGUGUUUGUUUCUUUCAUGCACAAUCGCUCUGCCACCUCAACAUGGAGUAACCGUGUGUGUUUCUCACCUAAACGGCACCGGAAUCAGCCGUUUGCUUCCUCGUGGCAGUCAUAUUUUGAUCAGAAAAGACCGCGUGCAGCCACGGGAUCGCUUCAGAGUGAAGACCAGACAUUGUGUUUAUAUUCUUGAGAAGAUGGCGAACGACUCUCCGGCUAAAAGUCUAGUCGAUAUCGACCUGUCGUCGUUGCGGGACCCUGCUGGAAUCUUCGAAUUAGUGGAAGUGGUCGGAAAUGGCACCUAUGGACAAGUGUACAAGGGCCGACAUGUCAAAACAGGACAGCUGGCAGCCAUCAAAGUUAUGGACGUCACAGAGGAUGAAGAGGAAGAGAUUAAACUCGAGAUCAACAUGCUGAAGAAAUAUUCACAUCACAGAAACAUUGCCACGUACUAUGGAGCAUUCAUUAAGAAGAGUCCUCCGGGACACGAUGAUCAGCUGUGGCUGGUGAUGGAAUUCUGUGGAGCUGGCUCAAUCACAGACCUGGUGAAGAACACAAAGAAUGGCCUGAAGGAGGAUUGGAUCGCCUACAUUUCACGAGAGAUCCUCCGAGGUCUGGCCCAUUUGCACGCACACCACGUCAUCCACCGUGACAUCAAAGGCCAGAACGUCCUGCUAACCGAGAACGCCGAGGUCAAACUAGUUGAUUUUGGCGUGAGCGCUCAGUUGGACCGGACAGUCGGCAGGAGGAACACUUUCAUCGGCACACCUUACUGGAUGGCACCCGAGGUCAUUGCCUGUGAUGAGAACCCUGACGCUACCUAUGACUACAGAAGCGACCUGUGGUCGUGUGGAAUCACUGCUAUCGAAAUGGCCGAAGGCGCUCCCCCACUUUGCGACAUGCACCCAAUGCGAGCUCUCUUCCUCAUCCCGAGAAAUCCACCUCCUCGACUCAAGUCCAAAAAAUGGUCCAAGAAGUUCAUCAAUUUUAUCGAGAACUGUUUGGUGAAGAAUUACACUCAGAGGCCACCCACCGAUCAGCUCCUGAAACACCCGUUCAUCAGAGACCAGCCGAACGAAAGGCAGGUCCGCAUCCAGCUCAAGGACCACAUCGACCACACACGCAAGAAGAGGGGGGAGAAAGAUGAGACGGAGUAUGAUUGGAGUCUAAGUGAAGAAGAAGAUGAUGAGGCUCCGGAGGCGGAAGGAGAACCCAGUUCUAUAGUGAACGUACCUGGCGAGUCGACGCUGCGGCGGGACUUCAUCCGUCUGCAGCAGGAAAACAAGGAGCGCUCGGAGGCCCUGAAGAGACAGCAGCUCCUUCAGGAGCAGCAGCUCCGCGAGCAAGAGGAGUACAAGCGCCAACUGCUGGCUGAGCGCCAGAAGCGCAUAGAGCAGCAGAAAGAGCAAAGGAGACGCCUGGAGGAGCAACAGCGGCGUGAGCGAGAGCUGAGAAGGCAGCAGGAGCGUGAGCAGAGGCGGCGGGAACAGGAGGAGAAAAGGAGAGUAGAGGAGAUGGAGCGCCGGCGCAAGGAGGAGGACGAGCGCAGGAGGGCGGAGGAGGAGAAAAGACGGAAUGAUCGUGAACAGGAAUAUAUCCGCCGUCAGCUGGAAGAGGAGCAGAGGCAUCUAGAGAUCCUUCAGCAGCAGCUGCUUCACGAGCAGGCCAUGUUACUGGAGUUCAAAUGGCGGGAGCUGGAGGAGCAGCGGAAGGCGGAGCGGCUGCAGCGUCAGCUCCAGCAGGAGCAGACCUACCUGCUCUCCCUGCAGCGCGGACCGAAACAGCGCACUUCCUCCCUCACGGCCCAGCCCGACUGGGCAAAACUACCCCAAGCGCGCCCCUUAGAUGACCCCGACCCCCCCGUUUACUCUAACGCAGACGAGUGCACGCCGAAGGCUGACCUUCUCCGUCAGACUGACGGUGACCAGAAUGUAGAUCCAGAUGCAGAGCAGAAUAAACACGUAGAUGAGAACGAAGCCCUUACUGAUGAGUGCAGGGAACAGACUGAAAGUGUGUCGGUGGAUUCGAGCCCUUUAGUCACACAGCCAGUGGGUGAGACAGACAGGACCGACGACCCUCUCGUCCAGUCAACUCCAUCCAGUGGCCCGGUGUCUGAAGCCCAGCCAGUCGGAGAGGCUGAUGAAAGAUACCGCAAGAACCAUCAGGGCUCGCCUCAGACAGCCCCACCCAAGCAGCAGCCGCCAGUACCUCCCCGUUCAUCUGAGCCCUAUUCUAACGGGAACUCCUCAUCCGAGUCCUCAAGCAUGCACAAGCCCAUGGAACCGCAGGUCCAGUGGUCUCACCUGGCCGCUCUAAAGAACAACGCGUCCGCUCCCCCUGUGUCCCGUUCUCAUUCGUUCAGCGAUCCAGUUCCUAAUUUUGCACAUCUCCAUCUGCGCUCUCAAGAGCCACACCACCCAGCGCACCCUGCUCACCCUGCACACCCUGCACGCUCUGAGCAUCCUCACCCUCUGCCCCUUUCACUGUCUCGGAGCCAUGAGACUCCUGAAACAUCAGUCAAUGACGAGGUUCCACCAAAGGUCCCCGUGAGGACGACAUCCAGAUCACCUGUACUGUCCCGCAGAGACUCCCCACUUCAGAACAACCAGCAAAGCAGCCAACCUGGACAGAGGAAUGCUGGCAGUAACGUGGAACCGCGUCUGCUGUGGGAUCGGGUGGAGAAGCUGGCUAGACCAGGCAGUGGAAGCUCUUCUGGCUCCAGUAACUCCAGCUCACAGACUAGCUCUCAGAGUUCAGGGGAGAAGUUCAGGGUUCGCUCAUCCUCAAAAUCCGAGGGCUCGCCACAUCAACGCCCGGAAAAUGCUGGCAAAAAAUUGGAGGAGAAGAAGGACUUUGUCAGACCAGCCAGGCCCUCUGAUCUCACUCUACUGGCCAAUGAGGUGCGUGCAAUUGAAGAAGCUCGUCCUCCUCACAAGGUGACCGACUACUCCUCAUCUAGUGAGGACUCUGAUUCAGAAGAGGAUGAUGAGGUGGAACAGGAGCUGGGCAACGAGUCUACAUCUGGCACCGAGGACUCGAGGGCAAGCUCCUCGAAAGUUAGCAAUGGUGAGACGGAGUCAGUGAAGACCAUGAUUGUUCACGACGAAGCAGAAAGCGACACAGCCGUCACACCCUCUAAAGACGGCACUUUAAUCGUCAGACAGAGCGUAGCGGAGAAAAUCCGAUUGGUUCCCGGGCCUGGUACGGGCCCUGUCCCUGGUCCUGGUCACGGUCCUGCUCUGGGCCACCAGGAGCGAAAUGGCUUCGCAGGCCGUAUUCACCUGCUGCCUGACCUCAUCCAACAGAGCCAUCACUCCCCCUCCCCCUCCAUCACUUCCUCCCCCUCCUCCAGUCACACCAGCCCCUCCAUGUCCCCCCAAUCCGCCUUGGAGAGGCUGCUUGCCAGCGAGACACUCUCUGGCAGUAAUUCUCUUCAAAAACACAAGUCCUCUUCUUCCUUCACCCCAUUCAUUGACCCUCGCCUUCUACAAAUAUCGCCCUCUACUGGCAGCUCUCUCAACAACAUGGCGGUCAUCGGGAAUGACCUUCGGCUGCAUGAAGUGUUAAGGCCAGACCCCAUGCGUAAAGGCUCGGUGGUUAACGUGAACCCGGUGAACACUCGGCCACAAAGCGACACGCCCGAGAUCCGCAAGUACAAGAAGAGGUUCAAUUCUGAGAUCCUGUGUGCUGCACUCUGGGGGGUGAACUUAUUGGUGGGGACAGAAAGUGGGCUUUUGCUUCUGGACCGCAGUGGGCAGGGUAAAGUUUACCCCCUCAUCAACCGCCGCCGUUUUCAGCAAAUGGAUGUUCUGGAAGGCCUUAAUGUUCUGGUCACAAUAUCAGGAAAAAAGAACAAGCUGCGAGUGUAUUAUCUGUCCUGGCUGAGGAACAAGAUCCUACACAAUGACCCAGAGGUGGAGAAGAAGCAGGGGUGGACUACAGUGGGAGAGCUGGAGGGCUGUGUGCACUACAAAGUUGUGAAAUAUGAAAGAAUCAAGUUCUUGGUGCUGGCCUUGAAAAACUCCGUGGAGGUCUAUGCGUGGGCACCGAAGCCGUAUCAUAAAUUCAUGGCCUUUAAGUCAUUUGGCGACCUGGUACACAAGCCCUUGCUAGUGGACCUGACGGUAGAGGAGGGACAGAGGUUAAAGGUGAUAUACGGCUCCUGCUCUGGAUUUCACGCGGUCGACGUGGAUUCGGGCGCUGUUUACGACAUCUAUUUGCCCACGCACAUUCAGACCAGCAUCCAGUCGCACGCCAUCAUCAUCCUUCCCAACACGGACGGCAUCGAGCUGCUGGUCUGCUAUGAGGACGAAGGCGUCUACGUGAACACGUACGGGCGCAUCACUAAAGACGUGGUGUUGCAGUGGGGAGAGAUGCCCACCUCUGUUGCAUACAUCAGGUCGAAUCAGAUCAUGGGCUGGGGCGAGAAGGCCAUAGAGAUCCGCUCGGUCGAGACGGGUCAUUUGGAUGGUGUGUUCAUGCACAAAAGGGCACAAAGGCUUAAGUUCCUGUGCGAGAGAAAUGACAAGGUGUUCUUCGCUUCUGUACGUCAAGGCGGCGCGAGUCAGGUCUACUUCAUGACCCUGGGCCGCAGCAAUCUCCUCAGCUGGUAAUGCGUCUGACUACAAAGCGCACCGUUUGCGAAAGCACCGACAAGCCGGCGGCGAAAUAAAAAUAAUCAGCCUUGAGCCGAAAUGUGUUCUCGUGUCCCGUGCGCCAAUUAAAGCAGCAGUGCUCUUUCAGUAGCUGCGACCUGUGAACGCAGAGACACGAGCAGAUUUGUAUAAGGGAGUGACCGUGACCCCAGCAGCCGACACGAAGGCGGAGGCUGGAAGUCUAAAACGCAUAUUCCAGACUUUUCUGGAGAUCUGUAACACUUAACAUUCAGGGGCUCCUCUUUUCAACACUUUGAGACAUGGAGGGAUCAAAGCGCAUGAACAGUUACUAAUACAGUUUAUGUAAAUGUAUUUGUGCAGAACUCUGUGAAGGGAGCAUGCAUGUUGCCCCUCUCUCUCUCUCUCUCUCUCUCUCUCUCUCUCUCUCUCUCUCUCUCUCUCUCUCUCUCUCCCUCCCCCCCCACACUUGAGGGAAAGCAGGGGUGGGGCUUCAUAGCAGCAGGUGAUGAAGGAGCUCUGCUUGUUUUGUUUUUUUUUUUGUUUUUUUUUCCUGUGAAUUUGUCAACUGCCAAAACAUCAGUCAAUACUGUAUUAUUGUGGUAGUCCGGGUUAUUUUGGGGGAUUAUUACUCACCGGCGUUUUUAACAACAUUGACUUUAGUGCGUUGAGAUUUUACGCUGUUGAACUUGCAACAAUGUUUCAUAUACAGUACAUUGAGUGUUUUUAUUUUUUAAGCGUUGCACUUGAUAAAUAAAUUCUUAGUUUCCUUCUCAUUGUGCUGGUCUUGUGUCCAGAUGAUUUAAUAAUUGAUGCUUUGAAGUGUCGCCCCAUCCAACGUUUCCUUGGCUUGAAUAAACCAUCCAGAUUUAGGAUUUUCAAGAUUAGCUCUUAAGGUUUGACAGGGAGAGUUUUUUUUUUUUUUUUUUUUUUUUUUUUUUUUUUUUUUUUUUUUUACAAACAAUACUAAAUGCUUGGUCAUAACUCCUGGAACAGUUUUCCUUCUAAUUUGACGGCAAUAUCUUGGUGAUUUCCAAAAACCCUAAUGUGGUUAAUAUUGGUCCGAGUGAAAGGUGCAGAAAUUGUUUGGAGUUCACCCAACUGAUAGAGCUACAAGAAAAGAAUUCUAAAUCUCAUAUAUUUAAUACUUCUAUUCGACUUCAAAUCCCAACAUCCCAGUGCACCACAACACUCUAUACCCGUGAUCCCUCCAGAUCUGCUCCAUUACGUGAGGCGCAGGUGACCUCACCAUGUCACAGCACUGUUAUGCCUUAAAAUCUGCUUCUAAAUUCAAUUCAUUUCAGUUUUAUUCAUUAAUCCUUUUAGCGAUGGACAUGGUCACAAAACAGCUACAGACAUGGAUGUAGACUUCGAAACUAUCAUUUGUGUGUGUUGUAAAGGUUGUCAGUUUGAGCAGAAGAACGUUUUAUGUCAUCUUUUUAUGAUCUUUAUAGUGUCUUUUAGCUUCAGUAUCCAUGUGAGGUUAUCUGCUGAAGAACAGAUGAGACUUGGGUAUGUGUGUGUGACCAUCCACAACAGCAGUGAGUAAUUCCCAAGUGAAGGAAGCUCCAAGCAGAAGUAGAGCAUCAGGAGGGAGCAGGUAGGUCCAGACUGAGUCAGAAUCAGGCAACAGGAAUAGCAUGUAUUGUAUGACAGAGACAGACAGAGAACAUACAAAUGUUCCUCUCUAUUUUCUACUCUGGUGCAUGUUGGCCUUAUUAUUAUUUUUUUUUCUGUCACCUAUUUAAGUUCCUUUGCCUACUUUUCUUCCUCUCUCUCCUUUUUACACCAACAGGCAGUGUAACUCUCUUGGAGGAAAGCACUAUCC